GACCAGGGGCCACUCACAGACUGCAGGAGCUACAGACCAGGGGCCACUCACAGACUGCAGGAGCUACAGACCAGGGGCCACUCACAGACUGCAGGAGCUACAGACCAGGGGCCACUCACAGACUGCAGGAGCUACAGACCAGGGGCCACUCACAGACUGCAGGAGCUACAGACCAGGGGCCCCCCGAAGCCACUGGAGACCACUCAGCUUCCAGGAGCCACUCACAGCAUGCUCGGAGAUUUCCGGGAGUGAGAUCAGACGGCUGCGACCUUCUCCAGCGCGAUCCAGCGGCGAGGACACGUGUGACACCUCUUCCCGUCAACAUGGCUGAGAAGUGUGCUGACGGCAUGCUGAAUGGCACGGUGCCCGGAGAAGUCACCAAGAGAGACGAGAACGUGAAGAGGGGAAACUGGGGCAACCAGAUCGAGUUUGUCCUGACCAGUGUGGGCUAUGCGGUGGGCCUGGGCAACGUCUGGAGGUUCCCGUAUCUCUGCUACCGGAAUGGAGGAGGCGCCUUCAUGUUCCCGUAUUUCAUCAUGCUGGUCUUCUGUGGGAUCCCGCUCUUCUUUAUGGAAUUGUCUUUUGGGCAGUUUGCCAGUCAGGGGUGUCUUGGGGUGUGGAGGGUCAGCCCCCUGUUUAAAGGCGUGGGCUACGGGAUGAUGGUGGUCUCCACGUAUAUCGGUAUUUAUUACAACGUGGUCAUCUGUAUCGCCUUCUAUUACUUCUUCAUGUCCAUGAGCCGCGUCCUGCCCUGGACCUACUGCAACAACCCCUGGAACACGGACAACUGCGUCGGCGUGCUGAGCCCCUCCACCAACAGCAGCUUCAACCUCACCUCCCAUCCAGGUGCCUUCAACAUCUCCGAGCUUCUGAACCAAACCGGGAAGAGGACGAGUCCCAGCGAGGAGUACUGGAGGCGCUAUGUGCUGAAGUUGUCAGACGGCAUCGGCAAUUUCGGGGAGGUGCAGCUUCCGAUUCUGGGGUGUCUGGGGUUGUCCUGGGUCGUUGUCUUCCUCUGUCUCAUUAGAGGCGUCAAAUCUUCUGGAAAGGUGGUUUACUUCACAGCCACGUUCCCCUAUGUGGUCCUCACCAUCCUAUUUGUCCGUGGGAUCACCCUGGAGGGGGCCGUGGACGGCAUCAUGUAUUACCUGACCCCGCAGUGGGACAAGAUCCUGGAUGCCAAGGUUUGGGGAGAUGCAGCUUCCCAGAUCUUCUACUCACUAGGAUGUGCAUGGGGAGGACUCAUCACGAUGGCUUCUUACAACAAAUUCCACAACAACUGUUACAGGGACAGCAUCAUUAUCAGCAUCACCAACUGCGCCACCAGCGUCUAUGCCGGAUUCGUCAUCUUCUCCAUCCUGGGCUUCAUGGCGAAACACCUGGGGGUAGACGUGUCCAAGGUGGCCGACCACGGUCCUGGCUUGGCCUUUGUGGCGUAUCCGGAGGCGCUGACACUGCUGCCCAUCUCUCCGCUGUGGUCCAUACUCUUCUUCUUCAUGCUCAUCCUCCUGGGACUUGGGACGCAGUUCUGUCUCCUGGAAACUCUGGUCACCGCCAUCGUGGACGAGAUUGCAAACGACUGGAUCAUUCGCUGGAAGACCUUUGUGACGCUGGGGGUGGCCAUUGUGGGUUUCCUGCUGGGAAUCCCGCUGACCACUCAGGCCGGCAUCUACUGGCUGAUGCUGAUGGAUAAUUACGCUGCGAGCUUCUCCCUGGUCGUCAUCUCCUGCAUCAUGUGUGUGACCAUUAUGUACAUUUACGGACACCAGAACUAUUUCAAGGACAUUGAGAUGAUGUUGGGGUUCCCCCCUCCCCUCUUCUUCCAGAUCUGCUGGCGUUUCUUCUCUCCGGCCAUCAUAUUUUUCAUCCUGGUCUUCGCGGUCAUCCAGUACCGGCCGAUCUCGUACAAUGACUACGUCUACCCCGGCUGGGCCAUCUCUCUGGGCUUCCUGAUGGCGCUGUCAUCCGUCAUCUGCAUCCCGCUAUACGCUGCUUUCAAGAUCUGGCGUUCGGAGGGCGACACCUUCUUGCAGCGGUUGAAGAACGCAGUGAAACCCAACAAGGACUGGGGCCCGGCGCUGGCAGAGCAUCGGACGGGCCGCUACGCCCAGAGCGACAGCUGCCCCGAGGCCCAACCACUGAACCCGGAGAAGCACAAGAAGGAAGAGAUCGGCCUGACAAUACGGGGCAGCAACGGGCAGGCGCACAGCCAGGACUCCAAGGUGUAGCCGCCGGGGUGGAGGGGGAUGGAGAGGCGCUGCUGUGUGGAUGACCCCCGUUACCCUCUACCCCCCUCGCCCUCCUGUUUACAUCCAGACCAGUCGUUCCCUCCGUUGCCCUGUAUCCGUCACCUCAGAAUCCCUACCGGACUCUCGGGGAGCUGAGACCCAGCUGCUGGUCCUGCGCCCCCACCCUCGGGACCACCGGAGGACACUGCUGCGGGGUGGGCUCGUGGCGCGGGGGAGGAGUAGUUCUUCUAACCCGUCUAAUGCUAGUUUACAGAGGAGUAUUUCUAGAGUUUCCUAACCCGGGGCGCUCAGGGGCGUCGCAGGCCGGGCACCAUCACCCGAGGAGCCCUGUAUGCCCCCUGCUGUGCCCGUCUGCACUGGACGGACUCUGUGGCAUCGCUGCCUAUCUGUGUGCCCCCGUAGUCUCAGCGACAUAGUGACACGUGCAGGACUGACCGACGAGGGCCCAGUGUGGCCCCUGAACCUGCUGACCGUCCCUCAGUAUGGUUGAUGGAUUCUGGAGCCGCCGUAGAGCAGCGCUCCUGCUGACUGCCCGUGUGGCCCCUGUGCCCUGGCGGCGCAGCAUCCCCAGGAGCGAUCGACCGCCUUUUCUACGAGCAGAUAUAUACACUCUCCACGGGCUCCUAGAAAAGGCGCCCGCCAGUCUUACAGCAGAGCGGUAAGGCGUGAUGUGCUGCAGCAGCAAUGACCUGCACUCGAAUCCAUAGCAGAUAGGAGGCAUAAAGGGGACAAGGCAGGGACCACAUGUGACCGCGGCGCCAGCAGCAAGGGGUUAACAUGGAGAGUCCGUGGAGCGAUGGCGGAGGAGUCACGGAGGCGGAGUCCUGCGCACAGACAUUGCAUUAUUACCAGGUCUGAUGGUGAAUCCGUUUUUUCCUUUCACGUUCCUGAGGCAAUGUCGUGAGCUGCGCCACACAACGGACGGUUGACGUUUCACGGUUUUCAGGCGUCAUGCCAGGACAUGUCACAUGACUGUGCCCCUCUCCCAGACCGUGUUUACAGAGGGUCCGGCCUGUGCCGCCAUCAUCCUGGGGUCAUAGAGAAGGUCAAAGGGCAGAGAGAGCUCGGGGCAGGCAACACAGAGAGCGGCUCCGAAAUACACCGCAGCCAAUCACCAGCAAGAAGAGCGUCACCUCCUGCGCUGUGGGCGGGGCCAGUGACGGGUGGAGCACAAUGCGAAAUCACUGCCAAAAAGCGCAAUAACGGGAAGACAAGGUGUUACAGCUGCAGCACAAGGCACUUAGACACAGCAGGCUCCGGGCCCCUGAGCUGGGGGCCCCAGAGGCUCUGCAUUAGAAAUACCUCAAUGUCAUACACACAGAACACGGCACCAGGUCACGCACUGUACGUUAUAAGCAGAUUACACUGAACGCCCCGCGCUCCCUGGUGCCGGCGCGCUCCCUGGGGCCCUUACUGUUUGGGCCCUUGUUUGAAUUGUCAUUUAGGCUCGGUCUACAGGACGCCAAUAAGUCGCGCGACAGACAGGGCACAACGACACUGCAGGCUAUGGUGUCGCACUGCGACAGAAAAUCCACGUGGCGGUGCGACACCGUAGACGGCCAUUGUGACAGAUGUCGCCCCGCAGACCGAGCCCUAAAGGGAUUUUGUAGUUACAGUUCCGAGUAUCUACUGUAUCAAUUCCUUGCAAUAUCUCUGCUUGCUGUCUUGUCACGGCUGCAGCCGUGUGUCCAUCACAUGGCAGGAUGGAUAAUCAUACCCUGAAGGUCCCAAUUGACUGACAGCAAGCAGAGAUCCUGAAAACCACGAGGAAUUGAUAUUCAGGAAGGAUAUUGGAGCUUUCAUUGCACAAAGUGUAACAUUAAUUUGCUGAAACUGGAAAAUCCCUUUAAGGCGACCCCCGCACCCGCCCAGGACGUCCGUGCGGCGUUCUGUGCAUUUCUGCACCAAAUCCACGUGUUACUUACGGUCUUUGGUGCGGAUUUGCCGCGGUUUUGCCGCCGAUCUCGCGCUUGCAUUGAAAAGAGUGAAAUCUGCACAAAGAAUUGAGAUAAACCUCCUCCCGGGAAGAAGUUCUGGGCGUCUGCCGGCAGAUCCGUCGCUCUGACGCCGGCUGACCUGGUCCGUGUGCGCUCUGCUCUCUCUGCCGCCCCUCUGACAGGCUCGGGUGGGAGGAGGUUUUCACUGCCGGGCCCUGUCAGUGCAGAGGACGCUGCAGAGAGAGCAGAGCCUCUCGGUGUAAUGGUAACGCCCCCGUUGCUCCUAAGGGCUCAUUAAACCAACCACCGAUGUCUUCAGCUGCCGAGCGCCAGAGGAACAAAUCUGCUGACGGGGGCCCUUUAAUUCCUCCCUGUUAAAAUCUCUGCUUUCUGUCAGUGAAUGUGAACCCUACACAGCUGUGUCAGUCUAGAGUGUGGCGAGCUCAUCAGCAGCACAAAUCCCUCUCCUGUCUUGAUAGCUACAUAUUACCUGCACUGAUACAUUGUAACAAACCCUCAGCUGUGUGAGUUUUCAGGCUCUGGCUGUAAACAUGAAUGUUCCCAGUCACUGACAGACAGCAGAGAUCUUUAAAGCAGUGAGGAAGUGAAGCCUAACACUGCAGAAGGUUCAUCAUCCUAGGAUUAAGGACACCGGCCCUUUAAUGAAUGACUUUAGGGCAAGCUCUGCUGCAGUUCUGUGUUCACAAUGCACAGAGCGCGCUCCGUGUGGGUGGGGCUAAUGCUCUGGGCGUGGCUGUCACCAGCCAAUCAUUGCACGAGAUCCAUUCUAUUCACUGUGUUUGUGUUGUUCCUUUUCCUCACUCUGGCAGCGGAGCUGGAGUAGUGCUGAGCGUUCAGCUCUGCUGCACGUGGAUAUAGUGGCACGUGGCGCACCGUGUCCUGCGUCUCUUUAUUCCUUUCCGCUUAUUUUCCUCUGCGCUGUAAAUUAUUUGUGGCUGCCCUGCCCCCCAUAGCUGAUGAUAUAUGUGACUGUACGUCUGUCGAGGGGAGCAUCUGAUGGGAGUUGUGGUCUGUUAUACUCAUUAUUGAUGUUCCUCAUCUGCCCUACAAGUAUUACUCUUCCCAUCGUCCCCAGGUCGUAGCGGUGAGCGUUUCAUCCUUUUCACUUCCUGUGGCCAAGCCUGGAAUUCGACAAUUGCCUGUGUCCUGGGGCAGUGUCCCCCCCCCCCAUGCGAGGAGCGCACGGACAUGACGUCCUGCGUGUAGAAGCUGGACACAGACAGCCCCCCCCCCCCGUAGUUUAUAGGACUUAUUAUCACUAGAGAAAUGUAGAACGCUCGUUUUAUUUGUUCCUGACAGAAAUAAAGUAAUUCACUCCAAUAUGACCCCCAUGAUUAUUUAGGGGCAGGAGAGGGUGGGCCGGGGCGCUGAGGCCACUUCAGGCCCUGGAGAUACAGGGGGCUGCGGAGCGGCCCUGGAGAUACAGGGGGCUGCGGCG